AUGCCUAAUAGAAUCAAGAGAAUAAUCAGAAGCGUCUCAUCAGCUAGCAGCAAGGCAUCCUCCGACCGAUCCUAUGCGGAUGCUUACUUUGAUGAGAUUGGAUUCAAAUUGGGAGACAAUUCGUGCUUGGGAAGCACCGAAUCUCCUGACAACUUGGACGGAGAACAGAUUCUCUUUCAGAACGAUCAUUCUGGCAAGUUGUUUUACGAGAGUGGCGAGGAUGAUGUCGAUGAAGAAGACAUUUACAAUGAUGAAAGUGUCCAUCAUGACUACGAGGAAGACGACCAGGAAUCAUCCCAGUGUACUCCUGUCACGACGGGUAAUCAUCAUAAAUUCCUUUCCCCUCCAGUGGGAUUGACUGAAGAGGAUGUCAAUGGUAAACAAGAAAAGCAGGAAAGUCGUCAUGAUGAUUUCAUUACAUUGCCUCUGGAUUAUGUCGUCCACGAAAAUCCCAAAAGCAAAAAGCUACGCCCUAACCAAUCGUUUCCUUCCAACAAGACUAGUCCGAAUAAGUACCAAUCGUCGGACGAUAUCAUUUAUCAUUACGAUGGCGGUGACAAUGGUGAUGCCAAUAACAGCAACAAUCGAAAGAGCUUGGAAUACAGUCCUUUUCGUCCUCAUCCCAUUUCCACUUUGGGUGCGGUGGACGACACCGACAAUGUCAGCAAGUUGGACACGGGUCGUUCCGCCAACACCUGGUUCUUCAACUUGGACAGUGUGGCGAUUGGAGACAAGGAUUUCCUGCACAAGGGCACUAUCAGCCCUUCCGUCGAGUCGUACAAGAAUCGAGCCUUUCGCGUCAAGGCUACCAUUUGGUUCUUGUUCUUUCUGGGAACCUUUCUCAUGGUGUCUGCCAUUGUGGUGCUCAUUCUAGCAUUUGAGCAGGGCCGGCAAAUGGAACUCGAUCGAUCUCACACCGACAACAGCAAUGAUCACAACGACAAAGUAGAUCUAAUAGAUCACGAUGACAACUUCUUGACCCCACUCGCUGAAGGCUGGGAGAUUGAGAAGGAUCUCACUUUCAACUGGAAUCGAACCACGGAAGCUCCGACUAUUAGCGCUACUGAUGCUCCAACCACGACUCCUCCAACUUCAUCUCCUACUGCCUUGUUCACGCCAGCCCAAGAAGAACUUUUGAACACUCUGGUUUCGGUUUCCAUGGAUCCAAAGUUGAAGGAAGGAAUUGUUCGUGGGUCACCACAAUUCCGAGCAUUGCAAUGGUUGGCCGAUGACCCAUUUUUGGCGGGAUAUUCGGACAAUCGAAGGUUGCAACGAUGGGUCAUUGCAACUUUUUACUUUAGUACGCAAGGAGACACUUGGCAAAUCGGCAAUGGUACUGGUGGUGAUGGGGAUCAAGCCAUUGCCCGACAAAGACAAAGGCAAUUCAAUGAGAGUCCAUGGAUGAUUCCCACUACCAACGAAUGCUGGUGGUAUACCAGUCAUGAGGAGGCGAUUUGUGAUGGACAAGGCCGACUUGAAACUUUGAGCUUGGAUGGUCUGGAGCUCAAGGGCAGCUUGCCCACCGAAAUGGGAUUUCUAACCAUGCUCAAGCACAUUUCCCUUCCCAACAACGGCAUCGAAGGGAGCAUGCCUACUCAAUUGGGGAACUUGAAACAUUUGGAGACCCUUCAUGUGACUUCCAAUAAGAUCACUGGGGCCAUCCCUACUACCUUUGGACGUUUGACUAUGCUUGAAUCUUUGGAAUUGCAACAUAAUCAAAUUUCUCAAAGACUCCCGCUUGAACUUGGUAAUCUGGAAGCGUUGAAAGAGUUCAAGGCUAAUGACAACGAAUUGGAAGGAAGCAUUCCGGUCGAGUUCUUCAGCAUGUUGGACUUGGAGACUCUCAAUCUCCAGUCGAACAAUAUUUCUGGGGAGAUACCAACUGCCGUGGCGGCUUUGCCUUUCUUGAAGGAGCUGACAAUCCAAAACAAUGAAAUCGUUGGAACCAUGCCCUUUGAGACGUGUCACCUGUCCAAUCUGAUUGCUGACUGUGACGAAAUGAUUUGCGAAUGCUGUACCGAGUGUUGCAUUCAAUGCCAAGGAACUAUUGGAACGAUAGUUGAUACAACAGGCACACAAGCUCCAACAGGUAUUACUCCAACCGGUACUCCUACCAGAAGGCCAACCUCGGCACCAACGAGAAAGCCAUCAACCACUAAACCAACCGGAAGGCCAACAAGCAGACCUACUCGGACACCAACAGCGGCACCAACGAGAAGGCCAACAAGUAGGGAACCGACGAGAACACCUACAAGAAGACCUACGAGAAGACCCACAGGCAAGCCAACAGCUGCGCCAAUACGCUCACCCACGACAACGGCACCAAUCGGACCACCACCAGAUGGCAUUUAUCUUCUUGUUUCAGUAGGCAACGAUGGACUUCCCGAGAAUCUAUUCCCAUUGAAAAUGUGUCAAGGAGAUUGCGACAGGAAUCGAGAUUGUGCUGGGGAUCUUGUGUGUUAUCAGCGAACGGGGACCGAACAGGUUCCUGGUUGCUUGGGACAAGGAACUGCUGACCGAGACUACUGCACGCACCCAUACUUUAUCGAACAACUCAAGGGUGAAGUCGAACCUGAUGCCGGUGCUGACCCCAAUAUCGAAGCAAAGCCUAGCAUUACAAAUCCUAAUGGGAGAGAGGGGAACUAA